CUGAGAGAUCUAUUUCAUAACGAGAUUAUGCCAGGUCCGCUUAUCUAUGGACCUGAGCCACCAGAGCCGAAAAAUAUGGUUUGGAUCAUAAUGGAGCGCAAAAAGAAGGAGGACACAUCAGUUUCAAAUGGAUUGAUAAGUGUUGUGAGUGACAAUAAGGUUGAGAAUACGUAUACAUCCUGUUCAUCUGUUUCCGAAAUCAUUAAAAAGUUUGAAAACUUUUCAUCGAUGAACACGUCAAAUUUGUUCGGCGGGAAAAAAUGAUUUGGCUUCACACACACACACACACACACAUUGCUUUAUAUUGUUUCGCUAGCUUUCACAGACUAUCUUUUUGCUACACUCCUUGUCUUGUUUAACCGGUUUUAAUAAACACAAUUUAGCAUUUCAAA